AGUGAACCGGCUUGUGUCCAGUAGAACACUUCGUAAACGCAUCAAUCCCCCUGUAUAAGCGCUAAAGGAUGGAUUUGAAGAAAAGUGUAGCAGUUGUUUUCGUCUCGCUCGGGUGGAUGAUGCUUCUAGCGACUGCAGCUGACCCAGACUGUGAGAACUUAAAAAAUAGACGCGAAGAAAUGGAGCAGUGCUGCCAGGUGGACAUGAUCAUUCCACUGGACGGGGCGGACGAUUGCUCAUCCAGCGUUGACGAAACCACCGAACCGCACGACAAAAUGAUGUGUCCGCUAGAAUGUAAGCUCAAAUCACUUGGCCUACUGAACGGGGACGACUUAGUGGAGGCAAAGGUACAGGAAUACAUCGAUCGUUUGGAGGGUGAUUGGAAGGGCACGGCACAAACCAUCGCCACCGAUUGUAUCACGACCAUCACGGAGAUGAAAAAAAAGAUACAGGAACGGGACCACGAUAUGAAAUGUUCCCCUGUUGGGGCUAUCUUUAUGAUGUGCCUGAUGAAGCAUACGCAAGCCAAGUGCCCGGAAGAUAAAUGGCAAAACACAAGCUUCUGCAACAAGAUGCGAAGCGGUGAAUGCUUCCCAAAGCGCGGCAGACAGUAGAGGCGGUGUUGGAGCAUGGCUUAAUCGGUGUAAAAAAGCUCCGAAUAUACAGAAAAAUAAAAGCAAAUGUUAAAAAAUGU